CUGCCGGCAGCCCUCAUCCAGGUGUUGCAGCAUACCGGAGGAGGCCGUGCCCACUCCCGUGCCACUUUGCUCCGUGGCUACCUCCACACCAAGGGACGGUGCCACUUGGCGCUUCAGGGGGCCCAGGACCGCUCGUACGGAACCCGCGAGGAGUACCGGGUAACCGCGGCGCUGCUCUCCGCGCUCGAUCGGGAGAU